UAAAAGCGUAUUCAUAUUAGAUUUUCGAUCUUGUAAUGCCAGCCGGUCGUAUCGAGAAUAUCAGUGAUACGUUCGAUAUUUUAUUCGAGUCUAUUCGAGUACACCGCUCGCCGCGACACGGAAGAGUGUCGAAUAAAUAAAGGAUAAAAUAUAUCCACUGUCGAGUUGCGCGAUCCCGGUAUAUUUGGGCCAUUUAAAGAAUGAAUUUUUGUCUGCUUCUCCUACUGUUGUCGGCCUGUAUUUUUGGCUCUACUUACGGGAUGCUGUAUCGACGGGACUCCGAUAACGUUCUGAAGCCCGAUCUUCUGCCGGUAUCUUCAACUGUUAUGCCGCUUCCGUUUUAUUCUGUAUACGGAUUCGAAAAGAAAUUGCUCCGUGACAAAAAUAAAAAGCGACCCGAGGGGAAAAUUUCACUUAUCACGAAACACAAUCAAUAAAUACAAAAUAAAAAUGCAGAGUUUAAAUGUUUUUAUCACCUAGUAUUGUAAAAGUAGUUUAUAAAGUAUUUAUUAUUUAUGUUUUUGUACUUCAGUAGAUGUAAGUUUACGAAGACGAAGAAUGAAGAUGUAAUGAACAGCAUUUAUGAAAAAGCAAGUAAAGUUAUCUUGUACGUCAUGCAGCUAUUAAAAUAAGAAAUCAACUGAUAUUAUUAGCCCUGUAUAAAUUAAUGUUUUACUCCAUUUGGUUGCUUAACUAUUCAAGUACAUUUGACAAACUAAAUCAUCAA